AUGGCCCCCGGCCCAAAGUCCCGCGGCGGACGACCGCUCCCGCGCGCGGCCGAGGUGGGGCGCCUAGUGUCCCUGCCCCGUGCCGCCGCGCUCCCCCGCGCCCGUCGGGGACAUGAUUUAGACAUGGCCAGAGACCCCAAGGGGAGCCGGGCCCGGCCUGGCCAGAAGCGACAGCACAGCGCUACCCUCUAUCACAGUAACUGUGACCUGAACUAUGAGCUGUAUCGGGAAGACUUCCCCUACAGGGUCUACGAGUACCAGAGGAUCCCCCCCCUCAUCAACCGAGCGCCCGUCAAGAGCCGGCGCACCCACAUGGGCACGGGGGGCAAGAGCGGCCUCAACCCCCACGUGCCCCCGCGGAGCAGCAACCCGCCCCCCGUCCGGACAAAGUUGAGAGCCGAGGAGCUGCACUCCAUCAAGGGGGAGCUGAGCCAGAUCAAAGCCCAGGUGGACAGCCUGCUCGAGAGCCUGGAGCGCAUGGACCAGCGGCGAGACCGGCUGGGAGGGCCCCAAGACGGCGAGAAGAAGGCGGCCUCCGCCAGCGGGGCGUCCUCGAGUGCCGCGACCGAGGCCCAUCGGGAGCCCAGGGGCCAGGAGAGCCCAGAGCCCAGAGCCCGCAACAGGAGGGACGCCGACAGCGCCGAGGAGAGCACGGACACGGAGGAGGCGAUGAAAAACCACACAUCGGACCCUGAAGGGAGCCAGUAGACGCCCCGGGACCCCUCCUAUGGCCUCCCCAGGAUCCGCGGCUUCCAUGUUUGCACUACUAGCCCUCCUGUGAGCCCCUCCCUCCCAGCCCCUGCAGGAUUCCGGCCCACAGUGGUGCGUGCAUGGGCGGCGGUUCUGGUGGACGCUUCUGCUCUGUAGAGGCUGCAGGCAGGCCCUUGGUCGCCGUCCCGUUCUCCCCGCUCUCCCCCGCCCCCUGCUGCCCUUUCAGACAGGUGUAGUUCCUUCUUAUGUCCAGUUUCUAGCUGUCUUCUUGCUGGUAUGAUACUGUGUCUGUAUUUCAAAUCUGCUCUGGAAGUGUGUUGUGUUGAAAGGAAAAAAUUAAAGUUUGUAUUUCUUUUCUCUGGUUAA